AUGUUUGUUGAUGUUAUAAAAAUUUUACAGUUUUUGAUCAAAGAAAGCAAUAACGCCCAUUUGAAGUCACAUUGUUCACGCGGUACCUUACUGCAAAUGGAGAGUUACAAUCAACAAGAAAUAAUUCGAAUUUUGUUAUGUGAAAGAUAUCCAGAUAAUCCUAUACCCGAAGAGAUCAACUUGGAGAUUAACAAAUUAAUCCGUUGGCAGAAUGAUAACAAAUUACAUACAUCAGUGCAAUCAUUGACCAAUAAUUACAAUAUAGCCAACACAACUGUAUCCUUAUGGAAGGGUGAUAUUACCACUUUAUCAGGCGUUACCGCUAUCGUGAAUGCUGCUAACCUGGCCUUGUUAGGAUGCUUUCAACCAAGUCACAAAUGUAUUGACAAUGUUAUUCACACUGCUGCUGGACCUGAGUUAAGACAAGCAUGUUAUAAUUUGAUGCAGGGCAAAUCUGAACCUACUGGAUCUGCCAAAAUUACACCGGGAUUUAAUUUGCCGGCAAAAUAUGUUAUUCACACAGUUGGUCCUAUUAUUCGUGAUGGGAAUGUCACAGAGAGAGAGCAAGAACAAUUAGCAAACUGUUAUCAGUCAAGUUUGAAAGCAUUGGAAAUGGUGAACGACGAGAAGGAUAAGUCUAUUGCAUUUUGUUGUAUUUCCACUGGGUUGUUUGCUUUCCCAAAAGAAUUGGCAAGUACAAUUGCUAUAAACACGGUACAACAUUAUUUGGAAAUCCAUCCAGAUUCAACUAUCAAGCAUAUUGUUUUCAAUGUAUUUUCAGAUGAAGAUAAAGAAAUUUAUGAGAAAAAUUUACAAAGCUUCUCAGUGGAUUCAUCCCGAAUUUCGCUGAAGGCAGAUGACACUAUUAAUCACAAUUUAAAUAAGGCACAUUCAUGGUUGCAAGAAGCAGACUGCUUAAUUAUCAGUGCCGGUGCUGGACUUUCGGCAAGCGAAGGUCUCGACUACACAUCCAAGGAGCUUUUCCAAAGAGAAUAUAAGCCGUUUCUCAAGUAUGGAAUCACAUCUUUGUAUGGCACAAUUGGGUAUCCUUGGCCAACAAAGCUAGAUUUUUGGAAUUUCUUUGUUUAUCAUUAUAUCAAUCUUUACAAAAAAUGGGGAAAGACUGAUACUUAUCAACGACUUUUGAAUCUUUCGUUGCGAUUUGAAGAUUCGUUUGUUAUUACAUCCAAUGCAGAUGGGUUUUUCGUUAAAAAUGGGUUUGGCAAAGAUAGAGUUUUAACGGUUCAGGGAAACUACGCAAAUAUCCAGUGCCUGAAAAACUGUCGUUCUGAUGCUUAUAGAUCAAUGGAAGAAAUGGUUGAUAAAUAUCCACUAACAGCCAAAGAUCAGAUUCCAAGAUGCGAGUAUUGUGGGUCUGAAAUGACAGUGUUCUUGCGAAUGGGGGACUAUUUUAAUCCAGCAAUAGUGAAAAACCAAAGGAAAAAUUACAAUGAGUUGAUUAGUGGAAUUGUUAGAACCAACCAAAAAGCUGUCAUAUUGGAGUUGGGAGUAGGAUUGAAUACCCCAAGUGUACUUAGAUGGCCAAAUGAGGAUAAGGUGGAGAGGUAUCCUGAAAACUUUAAAUUAAUAAGAGUUGGAACGGGUCCCUCUAGCACAGCUCCUUUGGACGAUAUAGAAAACACAGUAGUUAUAAAUGGUGAUAUCAAAAAAGUAGUUCAGUUAUUGAAUAAGUAA